AUGGCUGACGUUGACACCCAAGAGCUUCAGAUGCGCUUUAGCUCUGCGGCGGGCCGCUCGUUAGAGGCGGACGUGCUCUCCGAAAUGCAAUCCAUUAUGAGGCUACAUUCAAUCGACGUGGAGGAGCUCUGGUACAAAUGGGAGUCAUAUAGCAUGAAGAUGGGCUCCGACGAUAUGAAAUUGAACAUUGAAACUGCGAGGAACCUCAAACAAGAUAUCCAGGAUGGAUUGGAACGCGAGAACAGGAGUAAAGCGCAUGUGCAGACGAAUAAACGUGGAGGUGCUACACCGCGAAAUGUGAUAAGUAAUGGGGAUGUAUUUGGAAUAUUGGAUGGCGUGGUUCCAAAUACACCGAGGGUUAGAGCCACGAAUAGAGCCAACGGGUCAACCAGCAAACGAAGACUGGAAACGCCCUCUAUAUCGAGAGUCAAAGCCGAACCAGCAAGCAGUCCUCCUGAUUUUAAAACACCAUUUAAGCCAGGGGAACAAAACGGCGCAACAAUCGUGUUCAAUGACCGCCCAAACGCCGGGCAAGCAGUCGAGGUUCUCAAUGACCACUUGCAAGUCUCAGAACCACCAAUCGCUCCUUACUCCGAACCUCGUCUAAAAGUCGUUGCCAAUUCAGAUUUCAAAAAGCUGGCAUACAAACCAAUGGCCAUGAAAUCUUCUGAGGCCUCGGAAGUUCUGGAUGAUCGGAUAGAUGAAUUUAUGGCGCUUGUUCAGGGUCACCACAGCCUCGAGGACUCCGCGUUUGGAAGUGCUGCCAGUCAGAAUACAAAUGAGAUAGUGGCGGUUGGACGAAUAGCCUGCGAUUCCUCGGAAGGAAAGCUUAAUGUCUCGUCUCUGGUAUUAGAAACUUCACGACGAAUGGGUGCUGGCCGGAGAAUACCCCUGAAAGUGCACUCCCUCCCCGGAUUUCAAUUCUUUCCGGGCCAGAUCGUUGCACUAAAAGGCAUCAAUGCUUCUGGGGAAUAUUUCACCGUGACUGAGGUGUUAGAAAUGCCUUUGUUGGGCGGUGCGGCAUCAGCAACAGCGAGACUUCGCGAACACACCCAGAGACUCCGAGGAGACCUCAAUGCCAUGGAAUCGGACACCGAUCCCUCUCCAUUAAACAUCCUCGUUGCCGCAGGCCCAUACACAGCAGAUGAUAACCUCGACUUUGAGCCGUUCCACGCACUUUGCAGCCAAGCCGCGGAUUCAUACGCUGAUGCCCUUGUUCUUGUCGGCCCCUUCAUCGAUAUCGAUCAUCCUCUCAUCGCAACCGGAGACUUUGAUCUCCCCGACGAGGCCCUCGCCGAACCCGAUACGAUAACCAUGACGACCGUCUUCAAAUACCUGAUAUCCUCCGCCCUGGUAACCCUGGUAUCAUCUAACCCAAACAUCACUAUUCUCCUCGUCCCGUCCGUUAAAGAUGUAAUAAGCAAACACGUAUCCUGGCCUCAGGAGCCAACCCCGCGCAAAGAACUCGGCCUUCCUAAAUCCGUUAAAAUAAUUGGGAACCCUAUGACGCUCUCCCUAAAUGAAAUAGCCAUCGGCAUCUCCUCCCAAGAUAUUCUAACCGAACUCCGCCAAUCCGAAGUCGUAGGUGGCAGGUUAAAAGAGAGCUCUCUCCUUGCCCGAUUGCCGAAAUAUUUAAUUGAGCAGCGGAAUUUCUUCCCACUAUUCCCGCCUGUUGAUAGAGGGAGCCUUCCGAAAACAGGGGCAGGGGAUAGUAGACCUGUAGGUGCUAUGUUGGAUACGAGUUACUUAAAGUUGGGAGAGAUGGUUAAUGUUAGGCCCGAUGUGUUGAUCGUGCCUAGUGCUUUGCCUCCUUUUGCCAAGGUUGUCGAGAGUGUUGUUGCCAUUAAUCCUGGAUAUUUGUCUAAGCGAAGAGGUGCGGGCACUUAUGCUAAGUUAACAGUAUAUCCACCUUCUUUAACGGACGAGGAGCGAGAUUCGCCUCAGAUGGUAGGGCACCGGCUGUUUGAGAGGGCGCGUGUGGAUAUUUUGAGGAUAUGA